UUCUUUUUGAUAAAAUUUUCAGGUUCAAGUUUUGAAUACUAUCUCUGUUCUGAUAGCACGUGUUACUGAAAUUAUGCCAUAUGCAAACAAGUUGGUGCUAUUUUUCCAAAAGGCAUGGGAAGAAUCUUCUAGUGAAAGCAUCUUGCAGAUUCAACUUCUUACUGCACUGAAAAAUUUCGUAGUUGCUCUUGGUUAUCAGUCAACUAAAUCAUACAGCAUGUUGUUGCCGAUAUUGCAAAGUGGAAUUAACGUAAACAGCCCUGAUGAACUACUAGAAGACUGCAUGCAGUUAUGGGAAGCAACACUAAUCAAUGCACCUUCUAUGGUACCAGAGUUGUUGGGAUUUUUUCCAUGUCUUGUGGAAAUCUUGGAAAGAAGUUUUGAUCACUUGAAGGUUGCUACCAAUAUCAUUGAAGACUAUGUUAUUUUGGGUGGAAGGGAAUUUCUCAAUUUGCAUGCGUCUAGUGUUGCUAAACUUCUAGAUCUGGUGGUUGGGAAUGUUAACGACAAGGGAUUACUCUCAGUUAUUCCAGUCAUUGACAUCCUAGUUCAGUGUUUCCCGAUGGAAGUGCCUCAGCUAAUCAGCUCCACUCUGCAGAAAUUAAUAAUCACAUGCCUGACUGGGGGAGAUGAUCAUGAUCCUUCCAAGGCAGCUGUAAAAGCAUCAUCGGCAGCCCUGCUGGCAAGGAUUUUGGUGAUGAACACCAAUUAUCUUGCACAGCUAACUUCUGAUCCAUCACUGUCUAUACACCUUCAGAAAUCUGGUUUUCCUGGUGAAGAAAAUAUACUGCUUUGCCUAGUUGACGUAUGGCUUGAAAAGGUUGACAAUGUUACUUCGUUCCAGAGGAAGACAAUUGGUUUGGCCCUUUCUAUAAUUCUAACUUUGAGGUUGCCUGAAGUACUUGAUAAGCUAGAUCAGAUUAUGAGUGUAUGCACUAGUGUUAUGCUAGGUGGAAGUGAAGAUAUAAGUGAAGAAGAGUCUAGUAGUGACAGUGUAAACUCUAGCAAGCCUCAUGUGCCGAGCAAAGAGUUGAGGAGGAGACAGAUGAAACUUUCAGAUCCAAUAAACCAGAUUUCGUUGGAGAACUCAGUGAGAGACAAUCUUCAGACUUGUUCAGCUCUUCAUGGGGAAUCCUUUAGUGCAGCCAUUGGUAGACUGCACCCUGCAGUACUCAGUCAAUUAAAACAAGCAUUGAAGAUGCCAUGAGUUAAAUAUUGGGUGUCAAUUCUUGAUGUAAUUUUCUAAGUUGGUCUUUGAGUUCCAAUGAUCCCACCAAGGGGUAAGGAAGGUCUCACUUGGAACAUGCUGCUGCCCGGUUAUUAAUGAAAUAUUCCGAAAGUUCGAUUGUUUAGCCCCUAUGAUUUGGUUGAAUUUUGUUGUUCUGGAUGGGUGAGCACCAAUUUGUUCACUUUUUGGGCCCUAGUGGUGCAGGGGGGCUGGUGUUGACCUAAUUUUUCUCUCCAUUUGGUGUUCGGGUUACAUUGUAAAUAGCAUGAUCCUCUCAUGUCGUGGUUUUUAAGGCAUAAGGAUCAGAGCUUGAGGUCUCAAGUGCACGAAAUACUUUAUAGUGUGCAGUUAAGAUACUGCGUUCAGUUUUUUCGCCUCUUCAAAGUUAUACCGAGUUUCAUAUUUCAUGUGUGAAAAUGUGACUGCAUUUUAACAUUUGCUCAACCAGGCAAGGACAAUGACGGAGCCACUCCUAGAGACGACAAUCUGGCUUAGCGACAUUAUCCAACUAUUCUAGUUGUGUGCCUUUUUUUUUUUUUUUUUUUUUUUUUUUUAAAUUUCUUUGAUGUGUUUGAAACAAUAUAUGAAACAAAGCAUUUAGCGGCUA